GCCAUGUGUUUUCUGGUACGGUUCCAUGAUUACAGAUCAAGAAACAGAGAAUGUCUAUCUUUGGCCUUUAUCUUUACAUUACACGAGAAUCCACUGGUCACCCUCCUGUUUAAUGCCGACUGGCCGCUUCUCGUCGAGGCUGAUUCUUCCCGCGUGCAAGAUGGCGGUGGUAAGGACGGUGUUGGCGAUGGUCGGCAGCCCGUCAUCAACGAACUUCUCGAUCGAGAUGUA